AUGGACGGCUUUCCAGAAUCUCGACGUCAACACUCCCCGGCCUCAUCUGCUAGCCCGCAGAUUGAGAGGAGCAAGCUCAAUGAAGCACCAGCUGAGGGAUAUGAAUACAAUACUGCUCAGCCACCCGCCCUGGAUGUGACCCAAUACGCAACAUCCCCCAGCCCGUCUUCCAUGAUGGACUAUGCUUCCACAGGUGCUCUAAAUACAAACUCAACCUCCAGCGGGUCCGCCGUUACGCAACUCACGCCCAACGACGACACAUCCACAGGCAAGAGCUACACUAGGGAAAGGGUGCCAAGGGAACCCAAACAUCACAAGAACAAGGCAGCACAUCGACUCAGUGCUUUGUCUUCCUCUGGAUCAGAGCCACACUCGGUUGGUCACGAUGGAGGUUUCCUGUCUGCCAGCCAGGAGCUCAGCUAUUUUAAGAGCAAGUCCAGGAGCCCCCAGGCACCAAUGCUGGAGUAUCCAUCACCAGCCAUUUCUGCCCCCAACGAACCACCGUACUCCCAAGAAGUAUCCUACCCCCCGGAACCACCAUACUCUCAGCCUCCCGUCAACCCUGGCUGGGGACCAAACUACUCUGGUCCAGCCUAUCCCCCCUACCCAUAUCCACCACCUCCUGGACAGCAGCCUGGGCUGCGACCCCUCAGCCAGCAAUACCCGUCUGGUUACGGUUACCUAGACCCCAAGGCUACUACACUGAGUGCCGCCUUUGCGAACCAUCCUUCAUUCCACGAUUCACAGUAUCCGGACGCUCAAGACAUGGUAGCUGGAAACAGGGAUGGCCCCGAAGGGAAUAUCAAUAUUCCUUUCACUGAUCUGACAGGAUAUGCGCGCAUAGCAUCAGCAAUAACAGGUCAGGUUCUGCCAGGCAUUCGACCCUUAUAUCGGCGAUUUGAGUGGCUGCACCACCGCCUCCUCUUGUCUUACCAAGACCAACUUGUCGAGUUGGAAGAUGAGUUGAUAGAAUCGGAUGCAGUCAGCACAGCUGAACGAAGGAGGGAGGGCAGACGAGACCUGCCUUGCUCUGCGAGAGAGGAAAGGUCGGGAGAUUCUCCUUACAAGCGGGACAAGGUUCGGGUGAUGAGAGAUAUUGGACACGUCCUUGGCGCAUACACGCAACUCCUCGCCUCCCUAGAAACUAUCCAGAAGCUACCGGCAGCGGCAGCUGAUGAUAAGCGAGCCUACAGAACUUUUCUAGCUCAGCGAAAUCUCAUCGUUCAGCCUGAAACCGAGUUCCUGCGUGCUACCGACCUCGUUUGUGUGGCUCGAGAGCCUCCCACGGAUGCCCCAGGUGCUGCCGACGACAAGGCCGAGGAGGCGGGGGGCGAUGAGGCAGCCCCCCAGCCUGAAGUUCCUCUACGGGCGCUCAUAAAUGGUUUCUCGGCAGGUUUUGCCUGCUUGGCUGUGUCGCUGGUGGCUCUCCCGGACCUCACCAGCCGACUGAUCGUGGUGCUGUGCUUUGUUGUGCUGGCCGCUGUUGUCAUGAUGGCGACCGGGAACGCCAAGCAUCUAAGGGGUUGA